AUGCGAAAGUUGCAAGCGGUUCUUCUGGUCCUGGCCUGGGUGUCAGCUGCAGUCAUGGCACGCCCGCAUUCGCCCGCGGUGUCGAGUUUCUUCUCCUUGGCCCGGGCUGUGGAAGCCGAGGCUGUCGACGGACUUGACGACGCCGCGGAACAAGCCGUCGGGAAACUUGUCGACAACAAUGACGUGACGGACGGCAAGAGCAAGAUGGAGCAGGCGCCGGUCGUGGUGAGGAGUUUGCCAGACCACGCGGACGCCUAUCCGGCAUCGCACCAAGCAGAGGCGUCCAAUGAGCCAGCUGUCGUGGUCAAAAGGGAAAAUGAUAAAAGCGGGGAAGACGACGUCGUAGCCGUUGCUAAUGACAAGCCUGCACAAGCCGCGGAAACAAGCGAGGAAAUCAUUCCAGAGGAAAAAAAGGUCGUCCACGAAACCGACGACGACAGCGAUGGAAAGCCCAUCGAACAACUGGAAAAAGAUGAGGAAAACUCCGUCGAAUCCGAACAAACCGACGCCAAAAACGAGGGCCAGCACGACUCGGUCGAGAAAGUCGCGGAUGACAAGCAGGUGGUAACGCUGGAAAACGAUGCGGAGAAGUCCGCAGAAAUCAGCGCUGGCAUCGAGGAGAAAUCUUCGGAAGAGAAGCCUACACUGGAUGAGCCUGCACUCCACGUCGACAUCCACCCGGUCGGUCAAUCCGACUUGAACCCAGAACGUCCAGAACUUCACGUCAACGCCGUCGACAAACCUGUCAAUGACGAUGCAACUAGUGACGACGAAAAUCAUCACAGCGAAGGGGAGAAGAAACCCGAGGAAUCCGCGGAAAAGCAUCCGAAGGACCAGCAGUCUGAAGAGCACUCAGAGGCGAAUUCACCGGAACAGUCUCAAGAAUCUGACGCCGACCAACCCAAACAAGACUCUCAGCCGGAAUCGAUUUCCGAUAAAUCCAAGGAAGAGAACAACGAUUCCGUAGAUGCCCACGACUCUCAGGAACAGGUCCAAGAGAAUUCAGUCUCCGACCAGUCCCAAGAUGCGGAAGAGAAGGACGAUUCCAAAGAAACACACCAGCAUAAUAUUUCGGCCGAAAGUGACGAUGCCAAGCCACACCAAGAUGAUUCUGCUGAAGCGGAGUCGAAAGAAUUGGAACACGUCGCGGAUGAUGCAUCAAAUGAAAACAACCAGAAGCACGACGAACAAGAGGAAGCACAUUCCAAAGAAUCCGAGGAGCCAAAAAAAGACUACGCACUGAAAUCGCACUCGGAGGACUCCAAAAAUGAUUCAGAAGAGCCCGAGUCGAAAGAACAACAUGGCGAUAGCGAGCAAAAUGCAUCUACUGACCGAAACGAGAACACUGAAUCUGAGGACACUGCUUCGACCUCCGAAAAACCAAAAGCUGACGGUGAAAAAUCGCAGGAAGAGGCGGCGUCCGAGAGCAAAAGCGAUGAAGCCCAGGAACCAAAGGUCGACAAUCCCGCCAUUCCCAGCAACGAUGACGUGGACGAUUCUGUCUCAGAAAUUGAUCCCGAUGAUGAGGAAGAGGAACUCGGGGAAAAAGCAGCUCCUUCGGUUGAGGAAGAAGAACGAAAGGACGAAUUGAUCCAAGAACCACCCUCUGUGCAGGAAAUGUCCGCGGAACAGGUCGAAGUCCAAGAUGAAGAGCAGGAGGCGCAGGCCAGGCUGGGUGAGCUUCCUGCUGAUGAUGAAUCACCUGUGCCAGAGCACAAGGCUCAAGACUUGUUGCUGCCUGAAAUCUCAGAUGAGGAAGAGAAUGACUCUGAACUUGAGCCUGUUGAAUAUCCUGUGCCUACACUGGAGCAACAGCAGGAUUUCAUCAAGCACAUCUCGACCUACAACCACUUUUACGAUGCUUUUCUCAGAGCAGUUCGUUCCUCCGUCCGUGCGGACAAGAAAACCCUGGCUGUGCAAUUCAAGUACAAAUAUGAGGAAGUGAUGGAUGAAGGGUACUUGAAGAAGGACGAGAAUGAUGGAUCGUAUGAGGAAGACGAUUGGGUUGAACGAUUCAAGCAGGGCGGUGGUGUCAGUGAAGAAAAUUCCGCUGGUGUGUCUGGAGAGACGAAAGAAGCUGCUGAGGUUUCAGAUGAAGGCGAAGAUGCGAAACCGGAAGAGAAGAAGGAAGAAGAUAGCAAAACGGAAGAGGAAGAAGAAGAGAAGGACGAAGAGAAGAAGGAAAAAUACGAAGAAAAGAAGGAGAAAGACGAAGAGAAGACGGAAGAGGAAGAAGACAAGAAGGAAAAGAAAGAAGAAAAGUCCACGGAGAAAAGUUUGGAAGAAAACGACGAAGUUGAUUCUGCUGAAGACGCAGCAGCAGCAGUGGAUCGCGGAACCGAGGAAGAAGCAUCGAAUGAGCCAGCAGCAGCCUCUAGCGAGCGAGAGAGCAGAGCAAAUGAGAGUGAUGACAAAGAUGAUCAUGUAGAUGACGCAUCUGACGAUAGCAACGAUGAGGAGUUGUUCCGCACUGGACCAGUCCGAUCUGGCAGUAGGAUUCCUAGUGGGUAUUUCAAGGGGCUGGAUUCAAUCCGAAGAUCCGGAAAUGUGCGAAUGCUGAGGUUCACUGAAGACGGUGUCGCAGUGGAAGGCGAAUUUGAGACCGGGGAGAUCGUGUUUCAUUUGAGGACUGACGGACAGGGAGAGUCUGUCUAUCAACCUAUGGCCUAUGUUGACAACAUCAAAGGCAUUGUCCAAUAUGUGGUGAAAUUUGAAGAGCGCAAAGGUGAGGACGACUCCCGCGCCAUUAUCCACUCCGGCGAAGUGCUGAACUACUUCGUGAAGCGCGUGGAUCCGGACGCAGUGACUGUGAACAAAUAUGUUCGCGAGGACUUUGUCGACGACAUCAAAGAGCGUAUGUCUCGCUUUGUGGAACUCGAACUGCUCCACUUCAAUGACGCCUUCGUCCACCAACUUCCGUCCAUCUUGUUUGAGGAAGAGUCGCGUGGAAAGAGCAGCAGAUCCAUUGUCUGGGAUGAUUAAGAUUUAUUUUGCUUUUCCUUUUUUGGGUCUCCUUCAUCACUGAGGGGUAGGAUUGAUCCUUCUAAUAUGGCUUGACAUGAUGAUGAUUAUGGAUUCAAUCUAAAAGAUACUGAUGAUAUCCAUUAGCAGACAAUUGAUUAAAAAUUGCAUUC